GCAACGUAUGGAUUUGCAGCAUCUAGAAACGUGUUCGUACUUUACUUCUUUUCGAUAACGGUGGGUUAACAAGUCUCUACGUGUAACCAUUAUCUGUUAAGCUUUGGUUUAUCAGGUUCGAGCCCAACCUUGUAACGAAUUACAUGGAUAUUGCUACACACACACACACUCUAUUACAGCAUGGCAUUUUAAUUACGCAUCUAAAUACCGCCAAAAGAAUCAAUGUCUUUAAGAUAUGUAACGUUUGACCUACACCGCUUAUCGUGAUUUAAUUUCUUUUUGUAAUUUUCUGGGUGAAAAUUCUAGCAGAACCAGUGUUUCGGUCAUUGUUGUUUACUCGUAAACGGAAUCGGAGAAUGUCCCUAAGUCUACGCCCCUCAUGUAACCUGUGCUCCUUGAAACUACGUUACUCCCACUUUGAUCGGAUUUUUUUUUUCGCCAGUUCUAUCCUCGGUUGGGAAAUUAUCAUGUGGAUGGAAUUCCGACAGUUAUUAGGCGCAUGGAGAUGUAAUUUCGCAGAACGAAAUUGGCUCAUCCGGUCUGAGCGUGGGAAUGCCCUCGUGUAAUUUUUUUUUUUUAUGAGAACGACGCAAACAGUUCAAAAGACCAAUUUUUAUGUAGGUUAAUGUAACGGUAAAAUCCAUGUGAAGGCACGUUUUUUUCGUUAAGAAACGCAUUUCAUUUUUUUAGCAAUGCUUAUUAUUAUGUCUCAGUAACCAGAGCAACCGCACGGGAAGCUUAAUAAGGAGCUUAUUGGUUUUCAAAGAGUCUUCUCUGGAAAUAAAGUUUCGUGACCUUCGAUAGCGAGACACACCCAUCUCUUGAAUAAUUCGGUAACGAAGUAGCCAUUGUCAUUUCUAAAUUAUCACACCACUCGACUAUAUCUGAUUGUUGAUUGUUUUUACUGAUAACCAACGCUUUCGAUUUUUCAAACAUUGUUUUUUUUGUGUGUUUGAUAUGCCUUGAUUCAGAAAAAGGAGAUUGCAGAGAGAUUCAACAUCACGUAUGACCUUAUUUCAUGUCCGUGAAGUAUUCUCUUCCGUGUCUGACUUCUUUACUCUCAAUCAGUUCAUAACUUGUUUGCAUAGUUGCCUGCGGCUAGGGCGUAUAAUCAGCGCUCAGCAGCAACUAAUAAGGAAUACGCGUGAUUCUUUGGACAUCUAUUAAAAAAAAAAAACCAAAAAAAAACGCUCAUUCUCUUGGUAAUGUUACGUGCGUCUUAACAGUUCAGAAGGUUGUGCAUAUAUCACUUGAUCCCUAGGCGAAGGCGAGUCUUCGUUCUGUUUUUGCUUUUCCGUCAUUCUCUAUCACUUCCAUGUUGUCUCUCUUGCUUCUCUGAUUUAUGCAUCUCGGUCUCUUAUUGCGACGAUGCAGUUUUUGCAUAUGGUCACGAUCGUUACGACUAUGUGAUUAGGGAUCUCACGAUAGUAGAAAGAUCGGCCUUGGCGUUUUGAAUUGUAUGGCCUUGGCAGCGUGAAGGGAGGUAACAGAGAUGCCCUUUUUUUUUCGUUAUACCGCAACAGACAAAAGAAUAGUAAAACAAAAAAACCUUGGGUAAAGCAAAUGCCGAACUUUCCAUACCGAGGAGGUCUUCGUCCCAAGAAGCCAUAGGCGUUAGCUUAGUCUACUUUCACUAUAUAGGAUUUAGCUGGCAGAUCUGUGUGCGUCUCGGUCAUUUGAUUGUUUGUCAUUCUCCGUGCUUGGUCACGAACAGUCGCGUCCAUUUAAAGUGAAAUAGGUGCUCUGUGUGUUUUACUGCCUUGCCGACUAACCGGAUUAUUUCUAUUCAUCAACCAUUAUGAAACUAACCGCCAUCUUAAUCGUUGUUUCGUCACUUGUGAUUGUUUUGGCGCAAUCUGACCGGCAAAGGACUAGAGCUGUUUCCAGAGGUGAGAUCACAUUUAAUGGCAAUGCUAAUUUCGGCGAGGCAUCUAGAAUUAGAUCUAGAGGAGGCGCCGAGGCUAGAAGUAGUAGAAGAGUUGACGCUAAGCCCAAUAGCGAAGCUAAGCCAAGAUUUACCUCUAAAUCUAGAGACAUUAGAAUCGAACCCAAACCUAAUGUCCAAGCUAAACCUAACUCAGAAGCUAAACCAAGAUUCGUAGCUAAACCUAGAGAAACUAGGGUGGAAGCUAAACCUAUUAGAGUCGAACCUAAACCUAAUGUCGAGUCCAAGCCAAGAUUCACUGUUAAACCUAAAGCCGAAGACAGACCAAAGCCAACCUUCGAAGUGAAACCGAAAGUCGAAGAAAGGUUUACUGACAAGGAAACCUUUAUUGAAGAAGAUAUCCCUAAAGACAAAGAAAAUCCUAGCCUCGUAACCGAAGGUAAACCAUCGAUCGAUGUCGAUGACAACAUUGUGACAGGUAACCCGAUGACUGAAUUCAGAAGUAACGCUAUGACAGCUUCACCAUUGGCUGAUGUCAAUGGCAAUGCAGUGGAAGCCAAUGCCACCAAUUGCCAACAAAAUGAUCUGCUCAACCGGCUGCUACUUCGAGUGCUAUUAUCUUCUAUGAUGACAACAACCCAGAAUCCUUUAAUGGAGAAUAUCAAUCGUCUUUUCAAUAUAAAUCCGACUACCACAAGUCCGACAACGGUGAUUACUUCCACUGCCGUAUCCACGGUCACGCAGCUCUUCUCUACCAUUGUCAAUGUGAUGUUUAGGAACAGGAAACUGCCAACCACCAUUUACUCCAGCUCAACUCUAGUUGUGACGGAGAUCCAAACAGUGACAUCAACCCUGUCGUCACAGAAUCCUUCAGCCUUAUUCCGUUUUAAAAGAGAUAGUGAAGUUACUGACGAAAAUCAGCUUCAGUCUUCACUUCUUGAAUCUAGCUCAAUCUCCAAGUUGACUAUCGAACCCACGCAGCCGUUGCCAUCUUCUGAUGUCGUAUACUCGCGUGAUUCUAUGGAACCGGCUAUUGACAUUGAUCGCCUAAUGACCGCGCUUAAUCACCCCGAGAUCCGCGAUGCCUGGAAUCGGUUUUUGCAAGUGCUGUCUAGAUUUCUGGAGUGAAACGUAACCGCAAUGGUGGAAUGUUUCCACACAAACAAACACUAUAUGAAAGAGAAAAAAAGAAAUCAGAAAAAAAGAGGAUGAAAAUCAAAAUACAGAGGAUAAAAAUUAUUGCUAAAGCGAUGGAAAAUAGUAUGUGGAAUGUUUCUAUAUCGCCUGUAAUCAUGGGCGUAAUAUUGUCGGCGUAAUCCUGUUGUCCACCCAGCACAAACGACAUUUGUGAGGAAGCUCUUUAAUGUACAUACUUUCAUUCAAUGACUUUUUCCUGACCGUUUGCUCCUUUCCUAAUUCUGUUGGUGGAGGUCCACCUUCUAGGUCAGCAGAGCAUGUAGUGGCCCUUCUCCAAAAUUCAAAUCAGUGGUUCUGGGCCAAGUACUUUCAUUGUCAUGUUAUCUUUUUUUCAGUCAUCCCGAUUCAUUGAUAAAACUAAUUUUUGUUACGCUUCGAACAGUACCCAAUUGCAAGCCCACCAUUCCAUAAAUGGUGCUGGUGAACGUCAAGCAGCAGUAAAUAAAUUCACUAGUGAAAGUUCCCGUAGCUCUAAGAAUCGAAUAUUUCGUAAACCUAUAAAUAUUUUGAAAAAACUUUUCUUUGGCAUUGCCUAGGGGGACUCGCAUCUCAGUUUAGUGGCAACCUCUGACUGUUAGAAAUAACAGGAAUAGCGGCGUAGAAGCACUUGGAACCAUCACUUUCCAUUACUCCGAGUUUUUUAAUUUUACAGAUAGUUUAGAUAAGAAAUUUGCAACUUGCACCUGUUAUUGAAAGUGUUUUUUUUUUUUACCAUAGAAUACCUUUCUGACGUCAAAUUUUCGUGAGAAACAGACGAAACUGAUUGUACCUAAAUGAAACGUUAAAAAACCAUAAAUAAAGUUCGUGGGCUAUCA